AAGGCGGGGUCGGACGGGGGAGGGGAGGGCCGUGCUGCUCGUCGCUCCUCCUCCUCCACCCGCUCUGCCCCUCCUGGACCUUGUGGGCCGGGCAGCCAUUUUGGGAAGAGCUUUGUUAUGGUUGUAGACUAAACGCCUCUGCCGGGUCGACAAGCUGGGGACGCGUCCUCAGACGCCGCGUCUAGUCCCUGGCCGUGGCUCCGCCGCUGCCCGAGUGAUAGAUUCGUGUGGCCUUUCAAAUGAUUGUGAAAUGGUGGAAAUGGAUCCAAAAUAAUAAGUGACUUCUCUACCAAAGCAGUAGAAGAUUCUCCAUAUCUCCUUCCAGUGGCUUAAUUCAGAUUUUGGGAAGGAGCAGAACAAGUGAAACACAGAAAACCGAAGAAGAAAUCCUCAUUUUGGAACUAUAUCUCUCCUUGACUAUUUCUUAAUACCCAUCCCACCCAUCUUUCUAAUGUUUUAACUUUGCUCUGAAUAUAUAAAUAGUAAAGGCCAAAGACAUAGAAUAUACAUUUAGAAGCUUUAUACCAAGAAAUUUGCCUUGAAAGCUGCUGUUUGUGGAGGGAAAAGUGUAUAGCAAAUUCCUGUCUGAUAUAUUUUUAUUUUUAUUUUUUUUAACAAAGACAAGAUUUAUGUCCCUAGAUUUUGAAGGUUAAGGCAAAUAUAAAUACAUAUCUGCACACUAUUUUUUAGCAGUUGCGUGAGUAAGAAUAAUGAGAUUUGUAUUUUAAGGACUUUGUCAUGUGGAUGUUUUGGAGUUGACUGCUCAGAUCUUUUAUAGGGCCUUAGUAUUUUUGAUCUAUCACCUUGAUGACAUUACUUUUCCACACUUGAGCCCAUCUGUCUUUCUAGCUAUGACCUUGUUAUGAACAGUGUUUGCACUCGGUGCAGAUAUCCAUGUCUUACCUAAUUAAGCAACAUCAUAGUGCCAUAACUCAAGGAAGUUGAAUGAGGUGAACAUAGAUACAGCUCUUUCCCCUUCCCCCCUUUUUUAAAUGUAACAAAUACUUUUUAUAUUCCCCUUCCCCCCUUCCCCUUUUCCCCUUUCCCCUUUUGGAAACGUGUCGGGAACCAAAUAGUUUAAGAUGAGCAGUUGAGGGGACUGAGAGAGUGAUCCACACAGAACCUGGCUUCUUUGUGCUUCAUCAUAAGUCGUGCUGCCGGCCAGGUUACUUAAGCACCCUUUUAACAGGAAAACCUCGUGGGAGAUCCAGCUGGCCAACUCGAGUUCAGAAACAGGACCACAGAGGUUACACUCUGGGAUCCUGGCCAUGAGGUUGGAUGCCUCACCUUGCUGAAAGGAGACACUGGACCUAAAUGGCGCAGCAUGAUUUUGUUCCUGCUUGGCUAAAUUUCUCAACACCACAGUCAGCUAAGUCACCUACUGCCACCUUUGAAAAACACGGAGAGCACCUACCCAAAGGAGAAGGUAGAUUUGGAGUAAGCCGCCGUCGACAUAAUUCCUCUGAUGGUUUUUUUAACAAUGGUCUCCUACGAACUGCAGGAGAUUCUUGGCACCAGCCCUCCCUGUUCCGCCAUGAUUCUGUGGACUCUGGUGUCUCUAAGGGAGCAUAUGCUGGAAUCACAGGGAACCCAUCUGGUUGGCAUAGCUCCUCCCGAGGUCAUGAUGGCAUGAGCCAGCGUAGCGGAGGUGGCACAGGGAACCAUCGCCACUGGAAUGGCAGCUUCCACUCCCGAAAAGGGUGUGCUUUUCCGGAAAAGCCACCUAUGGAGAUUAGGGAAGAAAAGAAAGAAGACAAGGUGGAAAAGUUGCAGUUUGAAGAGGAGGACUUUCCCUCCUUGAAUCCAGAAGCUGGCAAACAGAAUCAGCCAUGCAGACCUAUUGGGACACCUUCUGGAGUAUGGGAAAACCCACCUAGUGCCAAGCAACCCUCCAAGAUGCUAGUUAUCAAAAAAAUUUCCAAAGAGGAUCCUGCUGCUGCCUUCUCUGCUGCAUUCACCUCACCAGGAUCUCACCAUGCAAAUGGGAACAAACUGUCAUCCAUGGUUCCAAGUGUCUAUAAGAACCUGGUUCCUAAGCCUGUACCACCUCCUUCUAAGCCUAAUGCAUGGAAAGCUAACAGGAUGGAGCACAAGUCAGGAUCCCUUUCCUCUAGCCGGGAGUCCGCUUUUACCAGUCCAAUCUCUGUUACCAAACCAGUGGUACUGGCUAGUGGUGCAGCUCUGAGUUCUCCCAAAGAGAGUCCCUCCAGCACCACCCCUCCAAUUGAGAUCAGCUCCUCUCGUCUGACCAAGUUGACCCGCCGAACCACCGACAGGAAGAGUGAGUUCCUGAAAACUCUGAAGGAUGACCGGAAUGGAGACUUCUCAGAGAACAGAGACUGUGAUAAGCUAGAAGAUUUGGAGGACAACAGCACACCUGAACCAAAGGAAAAUGGGGAGGAAGGCUGUCAUCAGAAUGGUCUUGCCCUCCCUGUAGUGGAAGAAGGGGAGGUUCUCUCACACUCUCUAGAAGCAGAGCACAGGUUAUUGAAAGCAAUGGGAUGGCAAGAAUAUCCUGAAAACGAUGAGAAUUGCCUUCCCCUCACAGAGGAUGAGCUCAAAGAGUUCCACAUGAAGACAGAGCAGCUGAGAAGAAAUGGCUUUGGAAAGAAUGGCUUCUUGCAGAGCCGCAGUUCCAGCCUGUUCUCCCCUUGGAGAAGCACUUGCAGAGCAGAGUUUGAGGACUCAGACACCGAAACCAGUAGCAGUGAAACAUCAGAUGACGAUGCCUGGAAGUAGGCAUAUAAAUGCUCACAGUUAAAUCUGACCCAGUAAACUCUGUCUGUUUAGGGAGUAUACAAAAGAAAUCGUUCUUUUCCUUUUCUUAUGUUGUUGAAUACUUCAUUCACAAGGGAAAUAAUCGUAUCCCAAAGAGAGAGCGAUUGGCUUGUUUCGCUUUUGUUGUUGUUCUUCCCUGUUAUCUGCUUAAUAGAGAGAGGUUUGUGUGGUGGGACAGAUUUUUUAAACACACACACACACACACACACACACACACACACACCCAGUAUAUAUGGGUCGAUGCACAAGUAGGAGCUGGCAGUGCAGGGAAGAGGAGAUACCGGUCUGCAGCAACAGCUUCUACUACCAGCCCUUAGGGCACUCACCCCUGUGCUCAAGCAAUCAUUGUCAAUGACAAAGUGACUAUUGAAGUUAUAAUUGUAUUAAAUUAAUGCUAAUAAUUUGGAUAUUUUAUUUUAUUUUUGGCUGCUCGGGUAACUUUCGCCCUUAACCAAGCAUACGUGGUUUUUUUGGUUGUUUUUUUGUUUUGUUUUGUUUUCUUUUCUUUUCUUUUUCCUUUUUGGGUACAGCUGUAAAAUAUUUGGAUAUAGGAAAUGUUGUGUUAUCUUGCAGCCUUGAUAUUCAGGGUGGAUUGUAAAAUAUAAAUUUUUGUGAGAUUUCAAAGAUUAAGAUUAUUUUGAUAACAUUAUUUACAGAUUUAAAAGAUGUGGUUAUCACAAGUCUCGAGGGGGAAACUACUGCAUAAAAUAACUAACUUGGAAUAAAUAUUUUGCAUCAGUUUGGAUUGUCUUGUGUAAGAAGUAUAUUUUCUUUAAAAUUAAAUGAGUGGAUUCUUUUUUAGGGGAAAUAUUUUUAGAAGUCGGGGGAAAUGUGAAUUCAGAUAAAACUGUUCCCUUUUUAGCAGAUACUUUUUUGAUGCAGAAAAACCUGUGCAAUAAAUUACCACUAAUAAAGUCA